CUGUAAUCCUGGUAACUUAAUAAUGUCGGUUGAUGUUGUGAGGGUUGGAGGCGCUACCACAGUAGCCGCACCAGCCAAUCACGGAAGCGGAUUAUCAAUGAAGCUCGAAUUCCAAUCGAACCUCAAUUUGUACACCAACACCACGGAUCCGCUCCUCUCACCACAACCAACGUGCAGUACGCAGUUGAGCGCAACCCAUGAUCAGCACGAUGUUGUCGCGAAACGCCACGUCACCCGCGCUCACGUCAAUUGCGUCGCGAGUACUGCCAGGAGCAGCCUCUGCGGGGGCUCGUCUUGGUGGUCCGGGUGCGUCCGCAGCACAGCAACAAACAAGAGGAUUGGCAACUGUCCAGGAUGCUCCAGCACCGAAGAGGAUAUAUGGAGGCUUGAGAGAUCAGGACCGCAUCUUCCAGAACUUGUACAGCCACCACGGCCCAGAUCUCGCCAGCGCGAAGAAGUACGGCGAUUGGCACAAGACGAAGGAGAUCUUGGAUAAAGGUCAUGACUGGGUACGUCCAUCUUGCUCUAAAAGUGCCCUUUGAUUAUAUCCUAAUGCUGUACAGAUUAUUUCCGAGGUCAAGGCUUCCGGUCUUAGAGGACGUGGGGGUGCCGGCUUCCCGUCAGGGUUGAAAUGGUCGUUCAUGAACUUCAAGGGUUGGGAGAACGACAGCAAGCCACGUUAUCUGGUCGUCAAUGCAGAUGAGGGCGAGCCUGGAACCUGCAAGGACAGAGAAAUUAUGCGAAAAGACCCACACAAGCUCCUCGAGGGAUGUUUAGUUGCUGGCCGCGCCAUGAACUGCACCGCCGCCUACAUCUACAUUCGUGGCGAGUUCAUUCACGAAGCUGCUGUUUUGCAGAAUGCUAUCCAGGAGGCCUACAAGGAUGGACUGAUUGGCAAGAACGCUUGCAACAGUGGAUACGACUUCGAUAUCUAUCUGCACCGCGGAAUGGGCGCCUACGUUUGCGGAGAGGAGACUUCUCUCAUCGAGUCCCUCGAGGGCAAGCCAGGAAAGCCUCGCCUAAAGCCCCCGUUCCCAGCAUCUGUCGGACUUUUCGGAUGCCCAUCUACUGUCGCCAACGUCGAGACUAUUGCCGUCGCACCUACGAUCUGCAGAAGAGGAGGUGAUUGGUUCGCCGGAUUCGGACGAGAGCGCAACGCUGGUACCAAGCUUUUCUGUAUCUCUGGUCAUGUCAACAACCCUUGCACAGUCGAGGAAGAGAUGUCCAUCCCUCUGCGCGAGCUGAUCGACAAGCACUGUGGUGGUGUUCGCGGCGGCUGGGAUAACCUCAAGGCCAUUAUUCCUGGUGGCUCAUCCACACCCAUCCUGCCAAAAUCUGUCUGCGACGACCAAAUAAUGGACUUCGAUGGCCUGAAGGACAGCCAGUCUGGGCUCGGUACGGCAGCAGUCAUUGUUAUGGACAAAAGCACCGACGUUGUCCGUGCCAUCUCCAGACUCUCGCACUUCUACCGCCACGAGUCCUGUGGCCAGUGCACUCCCUGCCGUGAGGGCAGCAAAUGGACCGAGCAAAUCAUGCAGCGCUUCGAGAAGGGACAAGGAAGAGAGCGUGAAAUUGACAUGCUUCAGGAGCUUACCAAGCAAGUUGAGGGCCACACCAUCUGUGCUCUUGGAGAGGCGUUCGCCUGGCCCAUCCAGGGUCUCAUCCGUCACUUCCGCCCCGAGCUAGAGGCACGUAUGCAAAAGUUUGCGGAGGAGAACGGCGGCGCCGCCUUGGCUGGUGGAUGGCAACACGACUCGAAUGCUCAGGGCAAGUUGGUGGCACCCGGCCAGUAAGAAGUGGCGCGGGGUAGUUGUAUAUAUGGACUCUCAUUGCUAUUGUAUAGAGUUCAAUUUGGCGUUUCUUUGCAUUAUGGUUGUAGAGUUGAGUCAGUUUAGUGGGGUACAGAUAAAACUAUUGAAAUCA